AUGGCGCCUAAAAAAGCUGGUAACCCCAUGGAGGACUCCUGGGUGGUAUCUGAUAUCGAACCUUCAACCUACAGUCAGCCAGUAAUUGUUGAGGGCACUGAGUCGGCACCUGCAUCUUUUCCAAUCGAGAACCUGUCACCAGUAUCCUCAUUCUCAGAAAGCGAGUUGAUCCAGGAUUACGAGGAAGAAGACCCUCCCAUUUCCGUCUCUGCUUCAGAUCUGCCAAAUCCUGCAGAAUCAACUGCCACAUUAGCCUCAUCGGAAUCAUCUGGCCCUGAACUGAUCAUGCCAUCCAUCAUGUUCGAAACUCGCGCUUCAGAUCACGGCUCUUGGGUUAUUCCACGCAAGCGAAGCAGACAAUCUCUUUACGAGAGUCGUAAAGCACCAAGGAUACCCAAACCGCGCAGUCAGACGUCAAGUCAAGAACGGCAAGUACAUCCUGUACAGAAAAAGGAUACUGUACCCGCUGCUGCGCUAAUACCUGAUACGAGCAUGCGACAUUACUUCAGUCAAGUCAAGGAUUACUUUUCUGAAGACAUUAACCGAUACCAAUUCUUCAGACUGAUCCUCAACUCUCUUCUGGUGCUGAUGACUAUGCACCUACUCAUAUUUCCAGAACUGGUUCAUCAGGUUCCAAUCCUUUGCAAGGUGCCGGGUGUUUCCAAUGUAUACAGUCAGACAUGUGCAAAGUCUAAUAGUACGAUAACUGAAAUUCCAAGUCCUUCUGCCAGUUAUCAGUCAGCCGUCCGAACACAGAAUCAGCUGCAAAAUUACCUCAAUCAGACGAUUCAGGAUAUGGUUCCACUUGAUGUUUCGUUGAAAGACACCGAUACCAUUCUUCGCGCGAUAUACACUGAUGUCCGCAGAGAGUACAGCAGUGCACGUCACGAAAUUGAACUUGAAUUCGAUGGCGCCCGGGCUGCCUCUCGUUCCAUCAGUCGUGCUCUAAUGAAAUUGAAAGUGGAUAUGAAGUCCACUGUCCACGGAUUCCAGGCGCCAACACAUCGACUAGAGUACCUGAAGGGAGCAGCAAGAAACAGUCGCAAAAAUGCAGACAGUAUAUUCAGCCGACUUACAGGCCGCAAGAACUCGAAAUCCGAUAGUGAAGAGGACUCUGGUAUGGCCGCCAUGAAUCAAUUUGCUCGUCUGAGCCAGGAACUAGACUCAAUCAUCGCCCGCUUGGCUCAAAAAACACAUAUACUCCUGGAGCAAUUAGCGAAAUUAGAUGAUCACCUUCAGUCAAUCGAGCAAUUGAGUGUUCGCGAACAAGAUCGGAUCAACUCGAAGCAUGCCAAAGAUCAGAAACACAACAUAUGGAGUUCUCUGAACGAUAUCAUUCAGGUGGCGAAGUCAUCCGAAUCAACGAAUCACGACAAGCAAGAGAACACGAUUCUUGAGCAGUUGGGGCAAGUCGCUUUAUAUCACAAUCUCAUGGCGGAUGUUGUCGGGAAACUAGAUAGAGAGUUGAAGGCGUUGCAAAAGAUUCGCUCUAUUCGUACGUGA